CAUUAAGAUUUUAUCAUUUUAUUUAAAAACUGAUAAAGUUUUGCUUGCUGAUUUUUCCCUCUUUCUCAAAGGCUCAACUGCAGAGGACAGUACAGCUGCUCUUCAUGAGAUCAGCCGCAGACUGAAGGUCAAAUUAAAAAAGGAGUAUGAACGAAUAUUGGUUGGUAAUUCUCAGAGGGGUCGUCAGAAAUACCUGAACAAUAUUUACACUGAUCUAUAUGUGGUGGAGAAUGAGCCUGGAGGAAUACUCAGUGAGCAUGAGGUGAGACAGAUUGAAUUCAAACAAUUUGAUGCCAAGGACACACCAAUCCAGUGCAAUAACAUUUUUGAAGUCCACGAGGGUCAUUGAAACAGAAGAGUGCUGACAAUGGGCAUCGCAGGGGUAGGAAAAACGGUCUCUGUCAAUAAAUUCAUCCUUGACUGGGCUGAAGGAACAGAAAAUCAGGAUAUUGCCUUAAUUUUCCCUCUCCCAUUCCGUAGACUAAAUUUGAUUAAAGAAGAGUACAGUCUUAUAGGACUUCUUAACAAAUACUUCUUUAAUAGUCCUGAAGAACUGCCCUCUCUUCCUGAUGGUGACGGUAAAAUCAUGUUCAUCUUUGAUGGUCUGGAUGAAUGUCGCUUCCCUUUGAACUUUAAAGAGGAUGACGGAUUUACAAAUGUUAAAGAAAAAACAACAUUGAGUAAGAUAAUAACAUACCUCAUUAAGACACAUCUGGUUCCUUCUGCUCUCAUCUGGAUCACAUCCAGGCCAGCAGCAGCCAGUCUGAUACCCCGAAACUACAUUGAUCAGGUGACAGAGGUGCGAGGAUUCAACGAUGAGCAGAAAGAGCAAUACUUCAACAAAAACAGCAGUCCUGAGGUUGCUGGAAACAUCAUUCGUCAUAUCAGGAAAUCCAGGAGCCUGUACAUCAUGUGCCACAUCCCCGUCUUCUGCUGGAUCUCUCUUACUGUUCUUCAGCCUCUACUGGCUCGAGAAAGCAAUGACAAAACACCCACAACUCUCACAGGGAUGUACACAAGCUUCUUACUUACUCAGCAGCAACAGAUGGAAAACAAAUACUGUGAUGACUCUCAACCUAAAGCAAAUGCCAGGUCUUUUUAUGAGAUUAUUCUGAAGCUUGGGAAACUGGCCUUUCAACAGCUGGAGAAAGGAAAUCUGAUUUUCUACAAAGAAGAUCUUGAGGAAUGUGGACUAGAUGUCAGUGAAGGGUCGGUGUUAUCUGGGUUAUGCACUCAGAUCUUUCAGGAGGAAAAAGCUGUUUCAGCAAGAAACGUUUACAGCUUCGUACAUCUCAGCAUCCAGGAAUUCCUUGCUGCUCUCUAUGUGUUUUUGAUUAGCAAAGAUGAGAAAGCAAAGCUACUUUUUCAGUCCCAGAGAGAAAAACUGACAUGGACACUGUCCAGAAAGACACAGUUUCAGCUUCAUAAAGCUGUGAUCAAGAAGGCUUUACAAAGCGAGAACGGACACCUAGACCUUUUCCUCCGGUUCCUCCUGGGUCUCUCUCUGGAGUCCAAUCAGAGUGACCUGAAGGAAUUAGUGCCAGGACUGAAACUCAAAACAGAAAACAUGAAAAGCACUGUUGACUAUAUCAAAAAGAAAAUAGAGAUGGAGGAAUCUGUGGAGAGGACCAUCAAUCUCUUUCACUGUCUGAGUGAAAUGAAAGAUGACUUUGUGGAUGAAAUCCAGAAAAACCUGAGCUCAGGAAAUCUUUCAGAAAAUAAUCUCUCCUCUGCUCAGUGGUCUGGUCUGGUGUUUGUGCUCCUAAUGUCAGAAGAGACUCAAGAGAAGUUUGAACUGCAGAAAUACAGAAGAUCUGAUGAAGCAGUGAUAAGACUCCUGCCAGUGAUCAAAAACACAAGAAAAGCACUGCUACAGUGCUGUAAUCUCACUGCUCAGUGUUGUGAGAGUUUGUCAUCAGUUCUACAAUCCUCAAACUUCCUGAGAGACCUGGACCUGAGUAACAAUGACCUACAGGAUUCAGGAGUGAGGCUUCUUUCUGAUGGACUGAAGAGCAGUAAGCUGGAGAUACUGAGAUUUUCCACCUGUAAUCUCACUGCUCAGUGUUGUGAGAGUUUGUCAUCAGUUCUACAAUCCUCAAACUCUUUCCUGAGAGACCUGGACCUGAAUUUUCCACCUGUAAUCUCACUGCUCAGUGUUGUGAGAGUUUGUCAUCAGUUCUACAAUCCUCAAACUCCUUCCUGA